UGGUGACGUGCGUGUGUUUGCCUUUAGACGCUAACAGCCUCAUCUGAGGAAAGCCACAAACCGUUUCUUGUGUAUAUGUUAAUACAAAAGUAAAUAUUGCUAUUUGCAAACAUUGAUGUAAUACCGAAUUUGAGGAGCGCAGUUUAGGUGGCAGUGGAAAGUCUCAUCAUUGUGUGCGUGUGCAGCUGCGGAGUGGAGACCACUACAUUGGAAACAGACGACAUGCUGUUGCACGGACUGUGUUAUAUCUGGCUGAUUCUGGCUGGUCUGGUCCCCUACACUAAAUGUUCAGACUCUGGCUGUGAUGACUGGACUAUUUCAGUGAAAGAUAGUCAAGAAGUGUGCUGCAACAAAUGCAAGCCAGGAAACCGCUUGGUGAAAAAUUGUGGAAAAGAUCCGGAGUUGCUUUGUAGACCCUGUGAAGCCAACAAAUACACGACCAAUCCUAAAAGUUACUCCUGCAAUAUAUGUACCCAGUGCAUAGGUCCACAGUUUACAAUUAAACCUUGCAAUAUCAGGAGCGACACAGUAUGCGGAUGCAAAGCUGGAUAUCGGUGUGGAGACGAGAGAUGCUCUCACUGCGUUACUGAAUGCAAAACAGGAGAAGAACCUACAACAUUCCGUUCCUGUGCGAAAUGUCCGGAAGGAAACUUUAAUGACAAAAUCCACAGUAUGUGCAAAAAAUGGAAAGCAAGUUGUCCAAAUGGCCAAGUUUUAGACAACAAAGGAAAUGCAUUCAGGGACCACGAGUGCAUAGUUGACAACGAAGUUAUGAAAAUAAACAAAAUCACAAAAUCAAAUGAAUACGAAAAGAACAGCAUAGACAACACCUUGCUUGUCGUGAGUGGGAAAAAGCAAGAAAAGAUGAAUUGGAUUCCAGUCUGCAUUGCUGGUUUUGUGGCGAUGCUGGCCGUUCUCUGUUUCGUUGCGUCAGUUACCACAUGUGUUAAAGCACGGAGCAAAAAAAAGGAGCCCAAAGCCGUUACGUCAGACCAAGAGCUGUCAGAAGACUCAAGGAUUAUGGUUGUGGACCAGGAGGCCUGUAGUUUCCGCCAUCCAGAGCAGGAACAGGGCGGCAGCUCAGAGUCCAUCAGCACGCAGGACUCUGAAAGUAAACUCAUAGUGUGACUUUAUGGGACAAAUUCAUGGAUGGGAAACACUUUUUUACCGGGUGCCUGCAGCAUCUUUCAUCUGAUGUAUCUAUUGAUAGAUUAUAACGACUACAAGUUGAGCACAUUUAAUGUCAGAAGCACCUUUACUUGCCGAAGGUCUUUAUGUAGGUGUGCAGUAGCAUAGAAUGUCGAGACUUUCUGAGAGUAGGCGUCAUGUGUUGUUGAUGGUGUCAUAUUUUGAGGUCAAACCCUCUUAAAAAAGUACCCCGGUGGGCUUCCCCAGCUUUAUUUAAAAAUAGUGUCAUUUACCGUCUUUAAAUCGUGAUAUUUUUUGUCAUGUUGGGUAUCAGCAGGGUCUGCUCUUGGUAAAUGAGGUUCAUCAAGUCAGUCCAUUGAUGAUAUCAUGGAGGAAAUGUACUUAACUGAUCGAGUGGCGCUUGGAAACCACAUACCAGAAUCACAUGUUCUUUUUCACAUUCAUACAUUGCAUACCUCAAUUGCACUGUCAUGUUUACAUGUAUAGUAAAUGUUAAUAUAUAGACUGGAUUGCAUAAUAGUAUGUUAUACAGCUUGUUUAUAAUUUUGUACUUUGGAAGUUUUGCAGUACAAUUUAAUCUAUUUUUGGGUGGGACUGCCUGAAGGCUUAAAGGGAUAUAUUUCAGAGGUCACUAAGCCAUUUGUUUAAGGGAAAACUCCUCCACAUCUAAAACAUCUAAAACAUCUAAAUGUGAUGGGAUGGGAUUCACCCUGUUGACUCACUGGCAGUUCCAACGCAUCACAGGUCACCUGUUAUCUACCUGAAGACAAACAUAUGAAUCAAAUCGAUCGUCUUGCAGUCUAGUUUCACUUCCUCCCAGGGCUUUGCUAGAAUACUGGAUUCAUGUUUUAACAAGUUCGUGUGUUUAUAUUCAGGUUCAAUGAGAUUUUUUUGUCAUGAUGUUUGAACAGGAAUGUGAAUGUAAAGAAACACCAGUUAGGGGAGUAGCAAUAUGAUAAAAGCCGUUAAAAGGUCGACCCUAUUGUAUGUUAAUAUAAUGCCUUACAUGAGUCAUGUGCGUAAAAGGACAAGUCACCAUUUUAUUGUGUGGAUUUUGUAACUUGAUUUAAGAUAUAUAUUUAUCCUUUUUGUUGGUUUAUCAGAUUUAUGAUGUAUCGUUUGCACAAAAAAUAAAACCAAAACUAAACUAAA